AUGGAAGCUCAAGGGCACCUGUCUUACAAAGCUCAGAGCAGAAAGCGUGGUAGACCUGCUGGUAAAAACCGCAUGCCUCUUAGCACAGAACAGAGAAAAUCACGCAACGCCCAGUAUGAGAAAGAAAGACGUAACGAGAUUGCACACGCUACAUUACAUCUGGCCGAAGCAGUAGGCUGUGACAGUUCCGUUACACUACAAAAUCUACUAACAUCUGUGAUUAAACUUUUGGAUAAUAAAGCUAACUUUAAACCUUCGGAGUCGAUACAAAUUUUAAGACAAAGAAACGAAGAUAUUUGUAAAGAGAUACAGGAAAUGGAGCUGUUUUUAAAAUCAAAAGGACUCAAUAAACAAGAAUAUGAGACGGACAGUGAAUGCGAGUCAUAUAACCUAAGAAGCCGAGGAUCAAAAAGAAAAUCUGAAAAUAUAUGUGAGUUACAAUACAGUGAGAAGAAACAGUUAAAUGAAAAAGAUGUCAAGUCAAUGAUAUCGACUGCGUCAAACCUAGAGCACCUGUCUUACAAAGCUCAGAGCAGAAAGCAUGGUAGACCCGCUGGUAAAAACCGCAUGCCUCUUAGCACAGAACAGCGAAAAUCACGCAACGCCCAGUAUGAGAAAGAAAGACGUAACGAGAUUGCGCACGCUACAUUACAUAUGGCCGAAGCAGUAGGCUGUGACGGAUCUUUACAACAUAGUGAGAAGAAAGAGUUAAAAGAAAAAGAUGUCAAGACAAAGAUAUCGACUGCGUCAAAUCUAGAAGUUUUACAAUCUGAACUUUGGAGCUAG